AUGAGAGCUAGGUUAGUGUCAAAAGUAAGCUACUUUCAGUCGAAAUCGAACCCAAGCCUUGCUGCUGCCGCUUCUGAUCCGCUGCCACAACCUGCUCCAUUGCAUCAACAACGUGAUCAUAACCUUCUUGGGGUGAAUAUCAAUCAGAAUCAACAUGUGCAACCGCUUCACUCUCCACCGGUGAAUUUUCAUCGCGACCGAGGCGACCCAGAUCUGCGAGAUGAGGAGUAA